UGUUAAAUAUUCUGUUGAUUAUACGUAUACAGAAUGACUUGUCCAUACUCCUGGUGUAUAUUACUAAUUAAACCGGUAUAACCCGAUAUAACCCGAAUUCCGUAUAGAAUACUUUUCAUUAAGCCCCGGGGUAAUUCACACUCAGAAUUUUUUCAUAUGAAAUAUCCAGUAUGCACGAGCCUUUUAUACCCACCACCACUCAUAGAGUCACUGCAUGCAGUGGAUAAGUCCAUAAAUAAGACUUAUAAGCACGAUAAAAGUGUCACUGCAUACGAUUAUAUACGUUCUGGUUGUAGAAUGGCAAAGUUCCUCCUGGUGGAUACAAUUGUAUCAUUAAGUGCCAAUUGUAUCUCAAAGAGCCUCGGUGCAUCGGCCGUGUUCAAUGCACUUACAACAAAUGGUCCCCUUAUAAUGAAGCUGGGCCAGUUCCUAUCCACGCGCACAGAAGUCUUCUCAGACGAAUUAAUCAUAAAAUUACGGAGUAUACAAGACUCAGCACCAGAAGUUAAACUACAAAACCAUCCAUUAGACAUUCUCUAUAAGGAAGUGGGUGUCCGACUGCCAGAUACGGCAUUAAAACAAAGAAUUGGUGCUGGGUGUAUAUCACAAGUGUAUAAGGUACGCAUGGGUAAUAAAGACUAUGCACUAAAAAUAAUUGAUGAGAGCACGGCAGUGCGUGUGUCCACGGACAUCCACGUCCUUGAAUUUAUCUCAUGGGUAUGCGGUGCCACCCGGUUUUACAGGGAGUUUAAGCAGAACAUGCACGCACAAAUGGAUUUAAGAAAGGAGAAAAUGAACACCGACCAGUUCAGAAGGAACUUCUCAUAUUAUCAGUCCACAGUCGAAAACAGCUCAGUCAUAAACCAAGCACUGUCUUACUUCAUAAACCGACCCAGCUUUAUAUUCCCGAAGCCCAUCCUGGCGACUAAAAGGAUCCUGCUCACGGAGUACUGGCCAGGCACUAAGAUACCCCCAUGGGACAAGAAUACUUCAAAGAGUCUCCUGAUUAUGUUCAUGAAAAUGAUUUUCAAGGACAGGUUCAUUCACUCCGAUUUACACCCAGGGAACUUAUCCGUAUACACAGGUGCACGUACAGCACAGACAAGUAGUUCACGUAUGCAUACGCCAAUUAUAGUGUAUGACGCAGGACUAACACACAGUCUUACACUAACACAGCGUAAUAAUCUAUCAGAUUUAAUUAAAGCCAUCUGCUUAGGCCAUAAAAGGAGUGCACUCUCAUUGAUCAUAGACAGGAACAUGCUUAAUAAGCAUACACCACAGGAGAAGGACACUUUCAUAAAAAGUGCCAUUUCUUAUUGGGGUAUGUGUAAUAAGAAAUGGAGCACUUUUGACAGGGCACUUAAGAUCUACUUUCUAGCGAGGCAGCAUAAAGUCUUCUUAGACUCAUCGUAUACGAAUAUAAUUAUGUCUUCUAUUUAUAUGCAGAACCACCUUAAGGGGAUAAAUCAGUUUGACUGGAGAAUGGCCGUAAUGAGUGGGUGCACAGUUGAUUAUUUAGAUCUGCUCAGACAGUGGAAAAAAUUUGCAUAAAAAAUCAGGAAAUAAAUAGAAAAUCAGGAAG